ACCGCGAAACAUUGCAUUUUGGGAUACCUUUCUCCAUCAUGGCGGAUUAGGUAGUCGGCUAACGUUAACGGUUAGCAUAUUCAUCGAUUGUUUGGUUUCACACAUUGAAGAGGUGCAGCUAUCAGGCAUUUUCCACGCAGGGACUGCAUCCACCGAACAUAAACUAGUGUUGUGUGCAGUACGCCAGUGGCAUUAAGAGGGCAUUUUACAAAAUUGGGGACAGCACAAUGGAAUGUGCAUUGGGCAUACCCUCAGGUGAUGACGAGGCACCUGAGAAAGAUGAAAUGAAUGCCAAGGAAGGGAAUGAACCACCCCACAAGAAAAACAAGAAGCACAGAAAACACAAGAGCAAGAAGAAGAAGAGGAAGAAGAAGGGGGAAAAGGAGAGCAGUUCAGAAUCUGGUGCUGAGUCAGAUGCAGAGCCUCCGCUGCCGCCGAAGGCUGUCAGGACCACCAGAGCCAGUGCCAGACUGGCAGCAGCUACAGGAGCUGGAGACCCAGCUGGGCUAAAGGAGGAGUGCAGAAGGGAUGUAAUUACAGAUCGUGCAGACACAGAGGGAGAUGCAAAAUCCAAAAAACACAAAAGACACGCUGCCAAGAAGAAGAAAAAGAAGAGGAAGAAAGAAGAAAAGCAGGAGAAGAAAUCCCCAUCUCGCUCCCCAUCCGAGAGCAGCUCAGCUUCAGGCUCUGAGUCUGAAGGUGAAGGAGGGAAAGGGGCUGGUGAUAGCAAAUACUCUCCUGCUGCGGCAUCUGAACUGCAAGACCCUGUGUCCAAACUGGUUUCAAAAAGCAAACGAGGGGAGAAACUUGAAUUGCUUGGAGGGAAGAAAGAGGAGAUAUCAGAUAUGGAUUUGUCCCCAUCUGGAGGGAAGGGCAGUAAUACCAAUCAAUCAGAAAAAGAAAUCAGGUCCCCGUCCGCAGGCCAGGAUGAGAUAACACAGACAGUAACGGUUAAGACAGAGGGUAGUCAUGCUGAUGGUACAUUCAGCCAUGCCCAGGAACUCCCUGACAUAAUCCCUAAACAAGAAGCUGGUACUGCAAGAGAUGAACCAGUCCUGAAAGAUCAGGCAAAUUCAGCUCAGAAGGCAAAGGUCAGGGAGCGCGAUUCAUCCAGAUCCAGGUCUCCUUCCCCUCCCAGGGCCAUUGACAUUAAGAGGUCUGGGUCAAGUCAUAGUUGUACCCCGACAUCUAGUCCCAGCAGGCAGCACUCUGACGGGCAAACAGCAGCAGCAAAGAAAGAACGAUCAAGAACCCAUUCCAGGUCAACCUCUAAGGGAAAACGGUCUACCACUCCCUUAAAGUGUCGGUCGCUGUCCCGCUCUCAGUCCCCUAAAUCUAGGAGAAAGUCUCUCACCCCGUCUCCCAAGAAAGCUAUCUGUCAGUCCCGCUCCACCUCUCGCUCCCUCACCCCAAAGAAGAUAUCAAAGUCUCCAAGGAAGUCAAAGUCUCCUAAACGUCGGCGGAGUUCAUUGUCUGUUUCCCCAAAGCGACGCAGGAGUUCCCGAUCUCCUAAAAGAAAGGUGUCACGAUCCCCUAAACGUGGGGGGCGCAGGUCCCCCUCCCUAUCUCGGUCUCCAAGGAGAAGUCGAAGGUCAGAGUCACGACCCCGUGGAGGCACAACUCACUCCAGGGCCCGCUCACCUAGAAGAGGUGGUGCAGUUGGAAGGCAUUCAAGGUCACGUUCAAUCACUAGAAACCGCCGCUCCAGCUCUAAAUCAAGACGCCCUUUACGCCGCUCCAGGUCGCGGUCACCGGCAAGACGUGCAGGAGGUAGGCGCUCCAGGAGUCGAUCUUUGUCUAAACGUAGGCGGUCACCACCCCCCAGAACCCGACGCUCACGCUCCCGGUCGACCCGCAGAAGCAGGCGAACUCGGUCACGAUCCGUUGUAGUCCUCAAGCGCAACCGGCGCUCCAGAUCUAAAAGUCCCCGCAAACGGACCCGAUCCAGAACCCCUCCCUCUCGACGGCGCUCCCGUUCCCCCGCUAGAAGAAAUCGUUCUCCACCAAGGUCUGGCAAACGCUCCAAAUCUCGCUCGUUGUCUCAAAAGCAUCGGUCAAAGUCACACUCGCCACUACCUGUCAAGAGGAAGUCCAAAUCUCCUAGGAAGAGUGGAAGAAGGUCAAAGUCUAAAUCUGUCUCUGUGGGCUUGAACAGAUCCAAGUCCAGGUCUGAGUCAAGUGAUGUCCGGUCUGAAAACUCCUCCCCAGCCAGAUCCACAUCUUCUUCUCCUGUUAAACAGAUAAAGGCUUCCUCUCCUGAAUUAAAGCAGACAACUGGGGAAAGUGGAGGAUUUCCAGCUACAACAGGUGCCUGGAAACCCAUGCCCUCAUCAGAUGCCUCCAGCCCCCAAGCUAGGAGUUCCUCAGAUACGUUGCAGGAGCAGCCUCAGGCGCUUUCUCCCAACCAUGACAAGGAGCAGAGGGCCAGUGCCAGCUCAUCCAAUGAACGAGAUGUUUCCAGGUCCAGGUCUGGUUCUAGAGAGCCCAGCACUGGCCCAGAUGGGUCCGAUUGUUCAGCUGGCUCAGAUGAAGAAGAGGUUUCUUCCUCCCCAGUUAAAAUCACAUCUAAACACCAGAAAAGCUCAACUCCUUCACCUCGACGAUCAACGUCCAAGUCUACAUCUAGAAGAAAGCAGUCUAGGUCCAAGUCUCCCGUGAGAAAAAGAGAAUCUGUCUCUCCAUCAGAUAGGAAGAAACGGCGGUCUAAGUCUCGGAGUCCUGCCUGGCGAAGGAGGUCGCGCUCUGCCGCGCGGCGUAAACGUUCACACUCCAAGUCACGAACCAGAAUCCGGCGAUCCAAGACCCGCUCUCCUGCCCGAAAAAGACGAUCUCGCUCACCCAAUGCCCGUGGGAAGAGGAGGUCCAAAUCAAUAGACAGAAGCAAGCGAUCAAAGAGCCGCUCCACCGGCCGGAGGAAAAGGUCAGGAGACCGAAGUAGGCGAUCAAGGUCUCGUUCUUCUGAUCGCAGACGCAGGUCUAGGUCAAGGGGCCGAGGGAGACGCCCGGUGUUUCGCAGUCGUUCGUUUGAUAGGCGGGACAGGUGGAAAAGGGAACCCAGUCACUCUCCAGUUCUCAUUCUUCGCAAACAGCGACGCUCAGGGUCCCGAACACGACGCAGCACCAGCAAGACUCCUCCACGCCUCACUGACCUGGAUAAGGACCAGUUGCUGGAGAUAGCCAAAGCUAAUGCUGCUGCUAUGUGUGCUAAGGCAGGGGUUCCCAUUCCUGAGAGUCUUCGGCCUAAAGCCAUUCUCCAGCUCCCUCUACCCACUCCGUCUCCUACCCCCCUCUCCUUACCUCUACCUCUCCCUCUCCCAAUGGGCAUGGGGAUGCCCAACAUGCCGAAUAUGCCCAACAUGGGUCAAAUGGGGAUGUCCAAUAUUCCAGGAAUGCCCAGCAUGUCAAACAUGACCAUGAGUGCCGCGAUGGCAAGUAUGACAGCAGCUACAAUGACAGCUGCCUUGACCAACAUGGGUGCCCUGGCAGCCAUGCCUCCCCUUGCCCCACUUCCUACAAUCACUAACAAACCUCCCCCAUGUCUCGUCCCCCCAACGCCAACCCUUAACCUGGACCACAUCGAGGAAGCAAAGAGGAAGGUCACACAGCAAGCUAACAUUCACACCAUCAAGGAGCUUACUGAGAAGUGUAAGAUGAUUGCAAAUAGCAAGGAGGAGAUGGCUAUUGCUAAACCCCACGUCUCAGACGAUGAAAGCUAAAACCGCCAAGCCCUCACGACACCACUCAAAAGACUACAGGAAAAUGUAAAAAAAAAUGCUUUACAGGAGGACCUACCUUCCCACAGUUCCCUUUGGCAGCCAGAUGACCUGACUGAGCCUCGUAAACCAC